AUGGAUUUUCACAUUUGUGAACGUUUAAAUAUAAAUAUAAAUGAAUUUAGCAGUAGUUUUACAUAUGUUAACAACUAUACUACUAUUCAUAAUUAUUUUGGUGUCAGUGAUGAUUCCGAUGAAGAAUCAUAUUUAGAUCCACAAACUGAGGAUAUAGAUUCCGAUUUAGGUGAUCAUUAUUAUGACGACUUAGAAAAUUUAAUACUCGAUGAAAUUGAACUUGAAGAUGCAGUUAAUAAUAAUGAUGAUUAUCAUUUUAGCUGA